CUUCAUAUCAUAAAUGAGGCGUUUUUGGUGAAUAUAUCCCAUAAUAUACCACAACUUCAAUGUCUGGACAUUUCGGUGAAUACCAUAAGCGAUGUGUCAUUGGAUUCAUUGUCUGCGCUCAAGAACUUGCGGUCAAUUAGACUCCAGAGCCGACACACGCAUUCAAUCACUCAUCUGAUCCACACCUGGAUCGGCACAACCAUCGCAUCCAUUGCCACCACAACCACAUCAGUGACACUCGCAGUGACAGCGAUGGCCGCAAGUAAUGGCACUUCCGGUGACCAGAGCUGGAGAACCAAUUUGUUGCGACAAAACGUGAGAAACAAAAUCGAGGAGGCCAUCCGUGUGUCAGGGAAUCCGACCUCAAAGACUGCGUUUGAGAUGGAGAACCAUAUCUUCCUUAAGGCGAGGACUAAGGAGGAUUACCUUUCAUUUGUGGCCCGACUUAUACUUCACGUCAAAGAAAUGGGGUCGCGCAAUGCGACCGUUGGGACCGAUUGCCAGAGUCUGCCAAACAGUCUGAAGCGAUCCCUUUCCCCCACCCUAUCAUUGAUGCUUCCGAUGCCGUGUCCGCCACUACAGCACCCGUUCCCACAACCCCUCCCUCCCAUGAACGCCACCCCUCCAGCGCCCACUCCAACGGCUCGCGUGUGGACCGGUAUCAUGGACUACGAGGAGAAGCCCUUACAGCCGGGGCCGAGCACUGACGACCCACGUGACACGCAUAGCCUCGACUGCAACAUCACGUGUCGUACGGUGAAUGGUGUGCCCGAAGUGUAUGGCCACGAAUGGCCCCAACAGUUGCUUCUCUCGCUUGUUCCCAAACAACUGAUUAUGAGUUUGUUUCCGAUGCUUAAGAGCAGCGCAUACCAUAUAACU